CCCCUGGCCCUCUCCUACCGCCUGGAGAUGGAGGGGCGGGUGCGAGUGCUGCACCUGCGGCCCCACAGGGGGCUGGUGUCUCCGUCCUUCACCUUGGUCACCUAUGGGGAGGAUGGGACGCGCUGGGACGACCAGCCCUUCGUGCCAAAGGACUGCUUCUACCAGGGCGAGGUGCAGGGCAGCCCUGGCUCCCUGGUGGCCCUCAGCACCUGCUGGGGGGGCCUCCAAGGGGUGCUGUGGGUAGAGGGCAGCACCUACGAGAUCGAGCCCGUCCCUGAUGAUCCAGCCUUCCGGCACGUCCUCUACCGCAUGGAGGAGGCCGCUGACCCUACAGCCCCCACCUGCGGCCUCACUCAGGAGGAGCUGCAGCACCAGAAGACCUUGUUGCCUUGGCUCCGGGCUGCGCGGGUGCAGGAGGAGGAGGAGGACUCACUGAAGGGCUGGUGGACGCACAUCAGGUAUGCGAAGCUUGUGGUGGUCGCGGACCACGGGUGUUUUCUGAAGUUAGGUGAGAACGAAUCUGAAGUCUUCAGGGUAGUCAUGAACAUCAUCAAUGCUGCGGACUCUCUCUAUGAUCAGCUUUCUGUCCAGCUGUAUCUUACAGGGCUAGAGAUCUGGACCAAAAAUAAUCUUAUAAAUAUUUCUAGCUCUGUAAGCAAGACACUUGCAGACUUCAACAAAUGGAGAAAGGCCAAUCUGACUCACCGGAUGCGCCAUGAUAGUGCUCACUUAUUUGCAUCUCAGAACUUUGCAAAGAGCUUGGGAAUGGCAUAUCUGGCGGGUAUAUGUGAUGAUCACUGGUCAUCAGGAGUUGAGUCCUUCCUUAGGAAGAAACUAUCUGGAUUUGUUCUCACAUUUACCCAUGAGCUGGGCCAUCUUCUUGGGAUGCAACAUGAUGAUCGAAGCUGUAAAUGUAGACUAAAGAAAUGCAUUAUGCAUGAAACUGCAGCUGGCACCGAUUCCUUCAGUGACUGCAGUUACAGGUACUUCUUUGACUUGCUUGCAACUGGUGGAGCCUGCUUGCGUCGACCACCAGCACCUGGCACUUUCUACACCCUGCAGCAUAAAUAUUGUGGGAAUGAGAUAGUAGAAGAAGGAGAGCAGUGUGACUGUGGCUCAGAAUUAAACUGCAGACGAGACCGUUGUUGUCACCCUAACUGCACACUCACUCGAGGUUCAGUUUGUGCAUCUGGAGAAUGCUGCAGGGGCUGUCAGUUCCUUCCAGCAGGAACUCUCUGCAGAACGAAGAUUGGCGACUGCGACCUGCCUGAGUAUUGCAACGGGAGCUCUCCCAGGUGCCAGCCAGACGUGUAUGUGCAAGAUGGAGCCCCAUGCAAGGAUGGGGCCUAUUGCUAUCGAGGGAAAUGUUCUUCCCACAGCAAACAAUGCAGGCAUCUCUUUGGCAGAAGAGCCAGGGCUGCUCCUCCAUCUUGCUUCAGAAUGCUGAAUACUCGAGGUGACCGUUUUGGAAAUUGUGGUAUUCAAAGAAAUACUCAUUACAUAAAAUGCAAAACUGAGGAUGCCCGAUGUGGUAGGGUCCAGUGUGAAAACAUACACAAAUUGCCGUAUUUGCGCAACCACAUAACCAUAAUCCAAACCCCUUUUGGAGAUAAGAAGUGCUGGGGUAUAGACUAUCAUGUAGGGAUGCCUACAGGUGACGUGGGGGCCGUGGCUGAUGGCACGCCAUGCGGUAAUGAUAUGCUCUGCAUCAACAGGACAUGUACCAAUGUGACAGUGCUGAACUACGACUGUAACGUGACCAAGUGCCACAACAGAGGUGUGUGCAACAAUCGUAAGAACUGUCACUGCAAGUACGGCUGGGCUCCCCCAUACUGCGAGCUGGAGGGGCUUGGGGGUAGCAUUGACAGCGGACCCCCUCCAGCCAGGCAGAUUUUUCUUAGAGCAAAAAUCGGAAUAGCAGUACUUGGCGUUGUUGUUCUCAGUAUCCUCGUAGUUACCUUUAUCGUAUGCUAUAAACAGCAAAUAGCAGGAUUGUUUAGGAGGCUAGCAGCUCGAUUCCACAGCAAAAAAACAGCAGGUGCUCCAGAUGCCAGCAAUCCUGGCAAUCCCAGCACUUCCUGA